AUUAAAAGAAAUGUUUAUGCCUUUAGAAGGGGGAAAAAAAAAUCUUUUUCAAAUUGCUAAGAUUUAUCCCAACAAUAUGUGGGCAUACAUGGCAAUGGGCAUAAAUUGAUCUCUUUUUCAAUUUUGCAAGGCAAGCAUCUUUCUUGCUCAUCUGCCACCCUCUGUUUCUUAGAGACCCACGGGAUGUGAAAAGCUUAAUUACAAAAACAAAGGGAGAAUCCGCAUCUUUUUCAUCACUACAAAUACAGCAGAAUAAAAGGGAAGAGCAGGCAAGGAUCUUAAUUCUUUUGGGAUUACAAAAGGGUAUGAAAUGGGGUUCAAGAAACUGGGAUUGUUCUUUUUGGUGAUUAUCUUGUUUCAAGUUCAUCUUCAUGCACAUCCCUUGCAAAAUAAUACCUCCACUGCUACUACUGCCUUCCAUCAGGAACCAAAUGCUACAGACCAAAAAAUUAGCAGAGCCAAAAAGAUGAUAGGAAAGUUUGAAGUUGCAGAAGGGCAAGAGCGGCUGGUCUCAGUAGACAGGAGGGGUGGAGGAGGUGGAGGAGGUCAUGGAAGCCAUUCAAUGGGAAGCAGAGCGCAUGGCGGAGAAGUUAAUGGUAAUGGUGAUACAGGGUACCGGCAUGGUGCAACUGUAGUUCCUUUGUAUGCUGCUGGGGCUAUGAACCAUCACCAAAAUAAUCACCGGAACCGUGGUUCUAAUGAAGGCUGCCCGAACCAUGCUGGUUCCAGUUAUUUGGUUCUUGCAGCUUUGGCUGCUUGUCUUCUCAAGUAUUUUGCAUAGCUUACCAUUGUAGGGAGUGUUGUAUAUAGUGUUUAUGAUGUCCAAAAUACUACAAUCACGACUAGAUUUUGAUGUGUGAUCAUGUUUGUUUUUUUCCCCCUCCUGCUGUCGACUUUGAAUGAGAUAUACUACAUUUUUAAUUA